AAUCCAAAACCAAAAGCUUCGACAACGAACUUGCCCACCGCCCCCGGGCGCACGGCGCACGCCCAUCGCCUCCUCCCUAUCCAGCCAUCGCCGGCCUUCGCCUCCUCCCUCCCUCUCCUCACCCGGCCACCACCUGCCUGUGGUGCCCGUAGGCUCCUGGGGUGGGGCCGCGGGGGGUGUUGACCUGACCCCACUAACCCGUAACCCGCGCGCCCCACCGCCCAAGCUAUUUACCACCUCGCUCUGCGCGCGGCGAGAGCAGGCACACACAUACACAUACACAUACACAUACACGAGAGCAGAGCAGAGCAGCACAGAGGGAGAUGAAGGGGAGCGGCGGCGAGGCGGCGGCGGCGGCGGCGGUGGUGGGGGAGGAGCACUGCGAGGAGGAGGACAGGGAGCUGACGGUGCGGAAGACCACGCUCUUCUCCCCGGGGGACGGGCUGGAGGCCUACGACCACCGGACGGGCGACCUGGCCUUCCGCGUCGAGACGUACGGCCGGGGAGGGGCCUGCGGCGGGGGCGCGGCGGCCGGGGACCUGGCGCUGCUGGGGGCCGCGGGGGACCCCGUGCUCACGGUCCGCCGCCGCCGGCCCAGCCUGCACCACCGCUGGGACGGCUUCCUCGGCGACGGGGUCGCCGCGGGCGCCAAGCCGCUCUUCUCCGCCCGCCGCUCCUCCAUCCUCGGCACCGGGUCCGGGAUCCUCGUCGACCUCCUCGCCCCCGGCACCGCCAAGGAGCUCCGCGUCGACGGCUCCUUCCCCAGGCGGUGCUGCCGCGUGGUCGUGGCGGAGGAGGAGGGGGAGGAGGAGACGGUGGUGGCGGAGGUGCGCAGGAAGGUGGACGAGGGCGCGCACGUGCUGCUCGGCCGGGACGUGUUCGUGCUCUGGGUGCGCGCCGGCUUCGACGCCGCCUUCGCCAUGGGGAUCGUGCUCGUGCUCGGCCGCAUCACCGGCGACGAGGUCGACGGCGUCCUCGGCGAGGAGCUGCUCCUCGAGGCCACCUCGCCGGUCUAGUAGUGCAGCAGUAGGCUCCACGCUCCCUUUUGGUUUCCGCACGCACGCACGCAGGGACGUCGCUUGCCUCCAUUGUUGCUUGCUUCGCUUGGUCGGUGAUGCCUCCUGGCUGGCAUUGUUGCCUAGGAGCAAAGUUUGGAUCUUGAUUUGCACGCCACAGUGGAUUGACCUUGUAGCUUUGAUGAGUGAACGAACAUGGACAAGAUCCCCACUACACUGUUUGACUAUUA